AUGUCAACUGAAGACGCUCAAGAACGUGCGUUUGUUUUAUCCUAUUUAUUGACACUGUAUGCAACAGACUGCCUGGAAGACUUAGGGAUUACUGAUCUGGAAUUCUUGAUGCUGAUAGCUGUCGCUGUAGAAGACCGAGAUCCCGAAGAAGAGUAUGAUGAGGGUGAAGACGUCCCUGAAGGAGACGACGAUGCAGAAGGGGGAGAAGAAGACGAAGAUGACGACGAAGACGAUUAUGACGUCGAUGAUGACGAAGAAGAAUAUAGCGAAGAAGAUGACGAGGACAAUGAUGUUGAACAUGGUGUAGAUCAUAAACGAGUUCUAAAUGAUUUCUAUAAUACCGAACAACUAGACGACGAAGACGAAGAAGAUGAAGAAGAAGAUGAAGAAGACGAAGAUGACGAUGCCACUCCAGCAGGUGAUGAUGACGUCCCAGAAGAUGUACCAACCAAGGAAGUAGGAAGUAAACGUAAAGCUCAAGAUGAUGUAGAAGCAGAAGAUGUGGAAGCUAAAAAAGCCAAAGCCUGA